GAGUCUCUGUAUCGUCUGUUUGUGUGAGAGUGAACAACUGUCCAAAUGGCUCAACAGGGAGUUCAACUGGACCAGGACCAGUUCUGUUGUUCUCUCUGUCUGGAUCUACUGAAGGAGCCGGUCACUACUGCAUGUGGACACAGUUACUGUAGGAGCUGUAUUGAGGGCUGCUGGGAUCAGGAUGUCCUGAAAGGGGUCUAUAGCUGUCCUCAGUGCAGAGAGACCUUCACUCCAAGGCCUAAUCUGAGGAAAAAUAACAUGUUGGCUGAGCUGGUGGAGAAACUGAGGAAGACAGGACUCCAGGCUGCUCCCCCUCCUGCUCUGUGCUAUGCUGGACCUGGAGAUGUGGCGUGUGAUGUCUGCACUGGGACCAGAAAGCAGAAAGCCCUCAUGUCCUGUCUGGUGUGUCUGGCCUCUUACUGUGAGACUCACCUCCAAUCUCACUAUGAAUCUCCUGCUUUCAAGAAGCACAAGCUGGUCAAAGCCACGGCACAACUACAGGAGAAGAUCUGCUCUCAUCAUGACAAACUGCUGGAGGUUUACUGUCGUACCGAUCAGCAGUGUAUCUGUCUGCUGUGUGUGAUGGAUGAACAUAAAGGCCAUGAUACAGUGUCAGCUGCAGCAGAGAGGACUGGGAAACAGCUUGAUAGCUCAUUGAAGAGUGAUUCUCCACAGAGGCAGCUGGGGAUGAGUCAGCAGAAGGUCCAGCAGAGAUUCCAGGAGAGAGAGAAGGAGCUGAAGGAGCUCCAACAGGCUGUGGAGUCUUUCAAGCUCUCUGCACAGUCAGCAGUGGAGGACAGUGAUCAGAUCUUUACUGAGCUGAUCCGCUCCAUUGAGAGAAGGAGCUCUGAGGUGAAGGAGCUGAUCAGAGCCCAAGAGGAGGCUCAAGUGAGUCAAGCUGAAGGACUCCUGGAGCAACUGAAGCAGGAGAUAGCUGAGCUGAGGAAGAGAAGCACUGAGCUGGAGCAGCUCUCACACACAGAGGAUCACAUCCAUUUCCUCCAGAGUUAUCAGUCUCUCUCCAGUAUCAGUGUAUCUUCAGACUUACCCAGCAUCGUUGUCCGUCCUCUUCAGUACUUUGGAGAUGUGAGUAAGACUGUGUCUGAACUGAGAGAGAAACUAGAAGACUUCCUUAAAGGAGAAUGGACCAAGAUCUCCACUACAGUGAAUAUAGUGGAUGUUGUACUGCCUCCAGAGCCCAAGACCAGAGAACAGUUGUUACAAUAUUCCUGUCAGCUCACACUGGACCCAAACACAGCAGGCACACUCCUCUCUCUGUCUAAAGGGAACAGAAAGGUGACCUAUACAGACCAAGUCCAACCAUAUCCUGACCAUCCAGACAGAUUCACCUACUGGUGUCAGGUUCUGUGUAGAGAGGGUCUGUCUGGACGCUGUUACUGGGAGGUGGAGAGGACUGGUGUUGUUGAUACAGCAGUCUCAUAUAAAGACAUCAGCAGAACAGGGACAGAUAGUAGAUUUGGAUUCAAUAACAAGUCCUGGAGUUUAAAGUGCUCUAGUGAUGGUUAUUGGUUCAGACACAAUAAUGUUGUGACUAAAGUAUCAGGCCCUCGGUUCUCCAGAGUAGGAGUGUACCUGGAUCACAAGGCAGGUACUCUGUCCUUCUACAGUGUCUCUGACACAAUGACCCUCCUCCACAGAGUCCAGACCACAUUCACUCAGUCCCUCUAUCCUGGGUUUUAUCUCUAUAAUUAUAAUGGUUCUGCUGAGCUGGUUAAACUGUAAACUGAUUAGUUAUUAAUUAAAAUUCAAUCCAAUGUUUUAAUCUUGUCCAUUUCCAUGAAUCAUGAUGUCUGGUGUUGAUGUAUAUUGGUUGUCAUUCAGAACCAUUGAUAUGUUUUCUCACCUACUUUCUACUAAACUAUAUGGUCUGGUUUCCCAGACACAGAUGAAUCCUAGUCCUGGACUAAACAGUAUGUUCAAUGUAGAUGUCCAGGAAACCGGCCCUAAAUGUGUCAUCUUUCAUCCUCCCAUACUGCUCAGUCCAGCAACAUUAAACCUGUCCAGCAGGUGGUGCUGUUGACCAAACAAUAAAACCAGCAGAUAUCUUGACUUGCCACUCAGUAUAUCAGUAAUGUUCAGAAUAGUACUUUAAUAUCAUUGGAGAUUGAUGGUCUUUUUAAUCCACUAUCCAGAGUCAGGAACAGAUGAAGUUAGGUCUGCUACUGUUCAGUGAUUAAAUAUGAUUUAUGGUGAUGGGAAAUAAUAAAAAACACUCAACUUCAUCUCGUAA